GUAAGUAGAGUAAGCCGUCUUUGAUCUGACAGGAGCCUCUUCUCUUGUCCGAGGCGGUCGUGUUGGGAUGACUUCACAUCGUUGCCUUGGAAGCGUGUAUCGAUCUCUUCGUGUACGGUAUUCUCGGAGCUAUGAUGGACUCUGUAUCGUGUCGGUAUUGGUUGAAAUCGAGUGUGAGCAAAGGACCCUAGGGUACUUACUUAGGUGCCUACUCGCCUAACUAAGAUUGUUAGAGUGGUUGUGAUAGGUGAAUGAAUGAAUCCCAGCCACCGCUACUGUGGGCAGAGUGUGUGGGUGAGGGACCCAACCGGUUCGGCUCUACCCAAGGUUGGGCAGCUUUAAGGUCACAAUCGUUAUUACAGUAAACAUUUACCUCCAGGUUCAUUUCUAAGUGACCAUGAACUUCGAGCUGCCCUCUGAUUUACAAGAGUAUAUCGCCAGAUUAGACAGCUUCGUAGCCGCGCAGAUCCUGCCGCUGCAGCACCAGGACGACAAUAACCGCUUCUUCGACCACCGCCGCGAACCCUCGCGGACACAGUGGAAUAACGGCGGCCUUCCCACGCCAGAAUGGGAGGCCAUUCUCGCUCAGGCCCGUCGUAAGGCGGACGAAGCUGGUUUCUAUCGCUUCCCGCUCCCCAAAGAACACGGUGGCCAUGGCCACAAAGACACACACUUGUGGAUGUGCGCGUUGCGCUAUCACAUGGCUUCUCACCCCGUCUAUGGCGGCGGCCUGGGUCUCGCCAAUGACCUGCAGAACGAGCACAGCGUGGUAGGCAACUUCCCGGAUUUCUUGAUGCUCUAUCAUUGGGGCAGCCCGCAGCAAAAGGCCGAAUUAAUCCCGGCGCGCCUCGCAGGUAACUUCCGGAUGACUUUUGGUUUGACUGAGAUUCGCCACGGCACCGAUGCUACCUAUAUGGACACGCGUGCCUCCGAGUGCAUCCUCCCAGAUGGCCGAAAGGGCUACAGGAUCCGAGGAAACAAGAAAUGGCAGACGGGCGCGCAUUCAGCGACUCACUUUUUGAUCUUUGCUCGCACGUCUGACCACACCGGAUCAUCCCGCGGCAUCACGGCUUUUAUAGUGCCCCGUGAUACCCCAGGCAUUACGAUCAAAUCAUUCGAGUACACUCUCAACAUGCCUACGGACCACGCGACGCUCAAUAUCAAUGAUGUACUAGUACCCGCGUCUGCCAUUCUCGGGCCGCUCGACAACGGUCUUGCAAUUGCACAGACAUUUACACACGAGAACCGAAUCCGGCAGGCAGCCAGCUCGUGCGGGGCAGCAAAGUUCUGCAUUGACCGCUCGAUUAACUAUGCCCGCGACCGCGUCGUCUUUGGGAAGCCACUGUCUGUAAAUCAGGCCAUUCAGUGGCCACUCGUCGAGCUUUCGACGCAAGUCGAGAUGUUGCGUCUUUUGAUCCUUCGAACAGCGACAGAGAUGGACACCGUACAGCGGAAAUAUGAGGGCAACACGCAGAUGCCGCCGUGGAUUGCCAUCGAGAAGAAGUUAGGGCACAAGAUUAGCAUGUGCAACUACUAUGCCAACAGACUUGCCACGCAAGCUGCUGACAAUGCCAUCCAGGUCCAUGGGGGCAACGGAUAUAGUCGUCAUCAGCCUUUCGAACAUAUCUGGAGGCACUUCCGCAGAUACAGAAUCACUGAAGGUAGCGAAGAGGUGCAGAUGAGGAAGGUAGCAGGUUACUUGUUUGGGUACAAGAACACUGGACUGGACGAGAAAGAUCUAGGAAAAGCUGGGCAUGGCACGCCUAAGCUAUGAUUUAUGAACACGAUGUUAUAACUAGGGGUACUAAUCACCACUACCCCAUAUACCCUACUGAAGAUUCUCACAGAGAUAAAAAAUCUAGCGACAAGUAGAUCAUGCAAUAAUUAUGGAAACCAGAUGAUGAGCGGCCGAGUAUAGCAUCCUCUGGUUCGGCCUUAAGCAGGGUGUAACUAUUGUGGAUUGAGUAGAGACAAUAACAAGAUAUCUGACAAGGGAGUCAGAGCGGUUAGCAACUUAUGCUGAAAUGAGCCUACUAGCAAGGAGGCAGAUGCGAGCUCAAUUCAUUAUUACACAAGUUUGCCUGACUAUGAAGUCGCUUCUCUUUACAUUGGAUUGUUGUUGGCCUUGUGCGAUCUAUGAAUGACGUAGUUGUCGCGAGCAAGUUAGAAGCACCAAUAAGUGAGUAAAGUGUUUAAAUACAUAUC